CACUGACAGUUAUGCUGCCGUUGCAUACAACAUUUGUUUACCAAUUUGUUUACACUUUAGCGCGCAAUGGAAGAAACAAAUGUUUCAGAGAAAAAGUAUCAUUUACUGCAUAGAAAACCGUUUUGCCGAUUGUGUCUCAGCAGUAUGAACGAUGAACAAAGGUUUCUUUUUUCUAGCCCUUCCGUAGAUGCAUUAUUUGACCGAAUACAGCAGUGCACCGGGGUACAGCUGAUGAAUUUUCCCGAUAUGUGCCAUAGCGUGUGUGAUGGUUGUGUUUCUCACCUUGUUAUUUGUGAAAAAUUCGUGAAACAAUGUCGCGAGGUGGACCAAAAACUACGGCACUUACUGGAUGAUUGUAAUGACACACAAGCAGCUAGAGGACAAACUGAAUCUUUAAUACCUGGAAAGCAACCGAACAAUGAUGAAGAUAUACCCUUAGCAGAGGUACAACAAUCAAAGUCCAAUUUAGAAGAAAAAGGACAUGUUACACCCUACGAUGGAAAGAGUACCGGCGAUGAGAUUUGUGUGGUCGAAAUUGUAGAUGCUAACCAUGAGAAUAGCUACGGUGGUACACGAUAA